AUGAGUAUAGUUUCCUAAUUGAAACGUACUUUCUUCCUUAUAAUAAUCUCAUAAUAAUUAAACUUCCAGAAACUUUAAGAACCUACCUUGAGCUACCAAAGACCCACUCGUUUGGUGGAUUUUCAACACAGAAACAGACAUAAUAACAACACACAGAUCUAUCUUCAUUUUCUGUUUCCUCUGAAACAGUAACAAUGCCUAAAACUUUCACUGUCUGCUUUCUUUUCUUCAUCUUUUUCUUCUUUCUUGCUGCUUCUACGGGCUCUACUGCUGCUGUUACUCAAACCAAUGUUACUGCUAACCCUGCAGACAAGUUAGUAGCUGAGAUUAACAAAAACAGAACUGCUCACAAGGAUUCAUCUCUAUAUGACAAUCCCGGGCUUGCAUGUCUCGCUCUACAAUACAUUAAGGCAUACCAGGGUGAUUGUGGCGCUGUUGGUGGAUCUGAUGCCAAGAAGCCUCCGGAGUCUCAAUUUGUUGAAAUCUUUGCUCCAACCUGUGGUGUUAAGGCGUCAUCCCUUGCUCCUAUAACCGGUCGUUUCUUGGGGUGCCAGACUAAGUAUGUUCAUGCACCGGAGGCGUUUUCAGAAAUCUUGAUAAGAAACCAGAAAAGCUUAGACCUGCUAUACAGUAAGAACCACACUCAGGUGGGUGCUGCUGUUACUGGUACUGAUGGAGGGUCUCCUUAUUUCUGGUGUGUGUUGUUUGGCAAUGGCAAACCUAAUAGCACCUUUGCUUUUGAGGGUGGUGUGGCUAAAGCAACAAAACCAGGUUGCUAUAGCGGAGCUAAUGAUGAAUGCAGCGGUGCUCAUGAUUGGUCGCCGGUCAAUUUGAUGUGGCUGUUUGUUGCCUCAGUUUCAAUUGCAAUGGGUUUUGCUUUUCCUUUAUGAUCAUGAAUUGUAUGGAUUUCCACUUGAUUUAUGUGACUUUAUUCUUUUUUUCUUCUUUCCAUUGGUUUUGAUUUUGUUAUUUAUUGAGAUACUCUUGCCAAUUGUCUUUCUAUCUUUAAAGUUUACCUAUGAAAUGUGUGAUAUUGGCUCUUGUAAA